UUUUCUUAUAAACUGUUUUUCUUUUUUUUUUUAGAUUUUCCUUUAGGAUCCACCAUUGUCUUAUAACUUGAUGGAAAGCAAAAAAAAAAAAUUGGUUUUGUUAGUUUUUUAAUUUAUCUAAUAAAUUUAAUUAUUUGAUGGCCAGUGUGAAUUAAAGUAUUUCGUAUUAUACACAUCGUCUAUUCAACUCCCUUGCAUCGUUGCACUUAGUACAGCAGAACAAUGGGAAAAAUACAUUUUUUCCCCCGAAGACAAAACAUAAAAAAAAGAUAGCUGAUAGAAUUUUAUUUCUAGACUUGUAAAAAAUGGAUAUUUUGAAGAAACGAUUUCCAUCCCAUAUGUUUAUCCAGGCAAAUAGUAGUUUCGUUUAAAGGAUAUUCAAGAAGUGAUGGUCAUGUUAAAACCAUUAAGCAGUUGUUUGAAAUGGAAAAGUGACAUUGAUGGGACACCUAAAAGGCGUGACUUUUGCUCUUCUCCUGAUUCUCGUCCAUGAUGUCGAAUUGAAGAACUUGACUUGUUACUCCUGUGUCACGGACACCGACUCAUUGUGCGCCAAAAACGAAAUCUGUGAAAUUCCACCAGAGAUGUACAAAGAGACCCUCUGCGUCAAGCUUGUUGUCGAUCAUACCCACGGAAAAGAAAAAGUGCACAGGAGUUGUGAGACAGAGAAGCUCCAAGAUGACCUGUGCUUGAUUAAGAAGGAGAUGCUGGAACGUGAACAACUCGAAAUGAUAUCCUGCUCAGUGUGUGGUAUUCCAUAUUGCAACAUCGGGUGCAUAACGAAAGUGUUCAACCACAUAAUCCUAUUGUGCUUAGUCACAGUUAUGUUUAGAACAUGAUUAUUAACUGUAGGGCAUUUUGUUUAUAAAUAAAUGUUUUAACUUGUUUAAAAUUG